GUUCAACCUAUAUAGUAUUUAAGCGAUGUAUAUUAUAUAUAUAUCUGUGUGUGUUGGUGCCCAGGGUACACAGAAGGGUGCGUUGAGAUUGGCCCACCACAGCUUAGCUUGUGACCGUACCCGGUGGCCCACAAGAGCUUGCCGGCUCGAGCCGGUCCCACCGGCCUUCGCGAUGAGCGACGAUGAGAGGGCCUCGUCCGCGUCCACGUCCGCGUCGGGCGAGUCGAGUCAGUCGAGUGAGCGAAGUGAGGCGGAGGAGGCCAGGUGUUGCGAAGGAAGGUCCAAGCAGCUUGGGCAUAGCAUGCAUCGGCAGGUGGUCAGAUGUUGCAGGAGCACGUGUACCAUUGUCCUCCUGCUUCUGUGUAGCUGGGCUGCAGCCUUCCUUGGCACGUGCCACUUUGGAGCGGACAGUUACUGUAAUGGAACCUGUCAACUCAAAAUAGCCAUGGAAGUGUAUGGCAUUGCCUUUUAUGCAGUGAUUGCUUCUACCGCCCUAGCGGGUUGUGGAGCCAUGUGGCUGUGGUGCAAAGCCACCACCUUGCACCUGAUUCAUGCAUCCCACUUUCUGGUCCUCAAUUGGGUAGAGGGCCUUGGUUUUCUCAGCUUCAUCAUUUAUUUGAUGAGGGAUAAGAGUCACAUUCUAUGCCCUGAACCUUGGAGAAUGACGCAUUGGAAGUUCCAGGCCGGCGACGCAUUGGUUUUUGAGAUGUUCCGAAUCCUGCUACAACUGUGUGAACUCAUUUUCCUUCAAGGACUGAUUCAAGACAGUCUCCGAAGCAUUUGGCCAGCCCUGAAUCGCCCGAGACAGGGCGUGUGGCUGAGGCGCAUGCUUCAGGCGGAACUUGCUGGUGUGGCACUGGGCCUACUCGUUUCUUUCACGGGCUUUUGGCCGGUGGCGGCACUGGGCAGCACAGCAUUCGUGUGUGCGAUCGUGCCGAUUCUGUUGUGCUUCCUCAUGUGGGUGGUCCUUGUUGGUGCCACCUUGUGCCAGACAUUUUCACUCCUCCAGACAUCACUGAGCAUGUCACAGAGUGAAGGCUGCUGGUCGUUUUCCCAGGCUUUGCGGAGUGGCCGGAGAGCUGCUUUGCUGCAAGGCUUGGGCUUGGUGGGCAGCCUGACCACGACCAUCGUCUUUGUGAUUACUUGUGACUUAUGGAUCCAGCAGCCGGACCGAGGUUCGCCAGCAGUCAUCGCCGGACAUUGUUUGAACCUGCUGGUGAAUGCAGUUGGGGUCAUUUUGCUUUCGGGGGCCUACCGCCUGUGCGGGCAACCUUCGCCAGCAGCAACCAAGCCAAAAAGAUGUAGCUACACGUGCUGGAGCUUCAGUCACCCCAUCACGCGGACACGAGCCAUCGGAGGAAGUGAAUGGGAGGCCAAGACUCAGGAGUUGGCCGGUCGUGGAAUAUCUGUGCAGAAGCUUCUGUCCUUCUACCGGAGGCUGGGCAAGGAUGUCAUGUUGUCGUACCAGCCGGAUGUGCAUACUACCAAUGAUGUGGUAAGACUGGCAAUUAUCCCAUUGACUUCAACAGCAUGCUCUUCGUAUGCCCAACUAGUGGUGAACGAAGGUGAAAGUUUGAUGCCCGGAAAGAUGGUGACCCACAAUUGGUCCAACCUUUUCCAAGACCUGCUGGCGAGUGUCAUCGCAGAUGCCCUUGGAGAGCACACCUGUGAGCUUGUCUCCAGCUUGUUGUCGGAGACUUCUGGCAUUAAUGCGCUGGAGCAAGUGCUCGAGGUACAAGAAUGCCUAGACGAUGCAUAUUGGAUUUGUGCCUUUGCAGUGAAUCAGCACGCUGGAAUUUGUGGGGCGACCACCUGUGGAGAGGUUGAUCCAGUGACAAUGCUCCCUCAUCCAGUGUGUUCAUGCAAGAUGCCCAAAUGCUUCAACACGACGCCACCUUUGAAUGAGCAUGGUGAGAGCAUCCCUUGUGAGAUGAACAAGUUUGAUGAUAUGAUGUCCUUCCUCGCAUGCAGAGAUCCCUCUUUUGCUGAGGUGGUAGUUGUUGAUACAUCUUUGGAACUUUUCAACAGGGCUUGGUGUAUGGCGGAGCUGGCAGAAGCUCAGCGAAUGGGUAUGGCGCAGAGCCUUCUAGUCCGGAACAAAGCUACUUUGCUCCGCAGACAGCACAGUCUAGAAGGCCUCAAAGUGCAAGAUCUGACCGCGAGUCGUCCAGAAGAUGUUGAUGCAAUCCUUGCGAAGAUUCCCGACAAGGAUAAGUUCAACAGAAAGCUUCGAGAGCUAAUCUUUGACGAGAACGUUGGCCUUUUGACGGUUUGGACACAUGCCGACGCGCUACAACGAAUGGAGGAGAUCUCCCAUGUAUUGAAGUGGGCACGCAUGUCAACUGCUGUGAAAGAUGGAGUGCAAGUCUGGCGAAACUGGGUCACCUGAAGAUCCGACAGACUCGAUGGGCAACGAGUCCGUACGCCACAGCUUUGCAUCAGACGUGGCGUUCGACGCGGCAGGACGAGCACCACUCACGGUGGACUUCAGGGUCGGCCGACGUGGCAUCACUUGAUCCACCUUGGACCCUUCGGGGUGGAGUGGUCAAUAUCCCAAAAGGCUUUGCAUGGCUCUACCUACUAGACUUUCAGGCAUAAACGCGCAACCGACUUGGAGACUUUCGAUCAUCUCCCUCUUAG